GCAGCCACGAAAUUAGUAGUAAGUAGUAGAUGUCCUCUACUUAUUUACUGUACGGUCAACCACAAGAAAAAAAUAUUUUCUAUUGUUUUUGUGUUCCUCAAUUUAUUUGUAAAAAUUAAAAUAAAUAAAUAAAAUAGUAUGAAAUUGAAUUUGUUAUCAUCUCUCAACUGAUCUUAACUGCCUAAUGGCCCACCCCCAAGAUUCCACAUUGUGGGCACCCUUAUUUCCUCAAGAAAAAUUUCACCCCCUUUGAUGCCCCCAACAAAGAAGAUUAUACAUACAUACAUACAUACAUAUCUAUAUCUAUAUCUAUAUCUAUAUAUAUAUAUACAUACACCUAAAAGGGCCUCAAUUAAGAAUCAGCCCCUCACCAAAACCAAAACCCAUCUCCUUCUUGACAAUCAAACCCACUUUUUCUUCCUUUCUUGCAUAUUGGAAAACAAUCCCAUGGCUAAUUCCUAUGCCCACAAGAACUUUAUCAAAUCUGAUCUUCCGGAGGAGGAGGAGGAGGAGAGUGGGUGGACUGCUUACCUGGAGGACUUCUCCAGCUCCGGCGGCGGCGGUGGCCGGAGCUUCGUCAGCAGCAGCCCAUCUCUGAUGUCGGACGCAGCGUGGAAUGGGAUGGACAGCAGCCUCAGUGAGAUGAGGAGAUUGAACUUCAAGAGGAAAACCACCAACAGGAAAUAUUAUUCUUGCAACGAUCGAGACCAUGAUUUGGAGUUGGAGGAUACUGCCAGCUCUCCUGUCAACAGCCCUAAGGUUAGCGAUAACAAUAGUUCCAGGCCGUCGGAGGUCAACUACAGCUACAGGAGAUUAUUUCAUCACGACAACGACAACGACAACCAUAAUAUUCAUCAUAUUACUGCUGCUGGGAAUUUUCAUCAGGGCAAUAUGUCGGAAGUUGGGGCAGACGAGAAAAACGAGAAGACGACGUCUGAAAACAAAAAUAAUAAUAAUAAUAAUAAUAAUAUUGAUGAAUACGUCAACCUGAGGAAGAGAGGGCUGUGUCUGGUUCCAAUGGCCACGUUCAUCAAUUUCCUUGGCUGAUGAACUCAACUAUUCAUUAACUAUAUCUAUAUCUAUAUCUAUAUAUAUAUCAGUCUGUCUGUCUGUAGGUAUACGUAUGUAUGCAAUAAUUUUCUGAUGAAUUAGAAAUGGUACUGUUUGAUGUACAAGAUCUGAACAAGGGAUAAAUUUUGUGUGUAUAUAUAUAUAUAUGUAUGAUAUAUGUGAAAUUUGCAAAUACUUUUUUGUAAUUAUUUUGUGGAGUGAGUUUAUUUAAUUUACAUGGAUUGGAAGUCGA